UGUCACGAUAUGUCACUAACAUAUGACAUUUAUAAAUAUUGAUUUCAUGGUUUGGAAGUUUUGAAUAAAAAUGCCUUUAAUAAUACUUUGUGGAACACCAGUAAGUGGAAAAACAACAAGAGCGAGAGAACUAAAAGAAUAUUUCGAGAAAACACACAAUAAACAAGUGGAACUCAUAUCUGAGGAAGAGGCAAUACAAAAGUUAGGUUAUAAUAAGGAAUCGACGUAUUUAGACUCACAAAAGGAGAAAAGAGUUCGUGGUUAUCUUAAAUCUGAGGCAAUUAGACUAAUCGGCAAAGACAAUGUCGUUAUUCUGGAUGGAAGCAAUUAUAUCAAAGGAUACAGAUACGAAUUGUACUGUGCGUCCAAAGCUUCAAAGUCCACUCAAUGUACAAUCUACACAAUAAGAUAUCACCCAGACGCCUGGGCAGAUAAUUUGUCAAGAAUCAAACAGAGAGAGGAGAAUGGUAAUGAUGAUGUAUUUACUGAACCAUAUACAGAAGAAGUGUUCAAUGCAUUGACAAAGAUGAGAUUUGAAGAACCAAAUAGAAACAACAGAUGGGACAGUCCGCUAUUCUCAGUGCAGCCGACAGACACAUUGGAUGUUGAUGCGAUUUACGAUGUGUUGUUUAAACGGAAACCACCGCCUCCUAACAUGAGUACACAGAAUCCGCCGCUGACAUCAACAAACUUCCUCUAUGAAUUAGACAACAUAACGCAAGCCAUAUCAAAACGGAUAUUAGAAGCUAAAGAAUUUGACGCGUUCGAAGUGAAGUUCCCAGACUAUCCUGGAUGUGUGAUAGAAUCAGGUUUCAUGCAUUCCGUGAACCCACAAAACUUGUUACGCUUGAGACGACAGUUCUUGACGUACGCUAAAAUGAACCAUUCGAACGAAAACGCUAAUAAAUUGGGCAGGUUUUAUAUACAGUAUUUGAAUAAAACUUAUACGGAUUGAGA